AUUUUUGGAAAUCACAUUCAUUUUAUACGGUAACAUUAGAUGAUCUUGUUCAAAGUUUCUACAUAUGCCUAGAAAUGACAUUUUCUAUGAUUCUCCCGGCUUAGUGGAUCCACCACCUCCAGCAUCUAAUGAAGAGCCAUCCCCUAAGAAAACUGAUACAACUUUGUUCUUCCUUGGAGGGAUAGUGGUGUUCAUCAUAUUGUUGAUAAUUUUGGUUGUAUUUUGGAAGCGUAUCAAAGGGACCAAAAAUACAACACCUCCUAAAACUACUAAAGGCAAACAAGGGAAACUUACUGAAACAGCAGAAGUUAUGGAUAUGAUGUUUUCAUCUAAACAACAGCAAGGAUCCAUGGAGUUGUUGAGUGGGAACCUUAGGACAAUUAGUUACUUUGACUACCAGAUAUUAAGAAGAGCAACCAAGAAUUUUUCUCCUACUAAUCUUCUUGGAAGUGGUGGAUUUGGGCCUGUCUAUCGGGUAUGCUUUCAAAGUUGA